AUGGAUAGCGGCACACCGUUGCUCCUUGAUCUCCCUCACGAACUCUUGAUCGCAAUAUUGCAUUAUGUUAAUCUGGCAGCAUGGAAGCAUAUCCGCCAAACGUGUAGGAUCUUGGCUAAGCUCGCAGCUCCCCUCCUCUUCUCGAGAGUGUACUUUGAGCUCUGCGGACAGGGCUGCGAGUCUCUGUAUGAAAUUUCUCAGGAGCCUACACUUGCUCCUUUGGUCAAGACAGUGGUGCUUCGCCGGGUCCGCGGAUACCGCAAGUUCUCCAGCUUUGAUUCAUGGACGGCGAGCACACACCAGCCAGGCGCUCCGGACAACGGUCUUUGGUCGGCCUGCGAGACUACCUAUCACAACGACAAGGCACUCUCCGAUCAGCUCAUGCCGUACAAUCAGUGGAUUGCGAUGCCAGCAGAAGAUAAAAAGGCGCUCUAUGAAGCAUAUAACGCGGACCGCGAGCAGCUGCAAAUGGAAAUCGCUAGUAUUACGAAUACUUUGUGCUUUCGCGCAGCGGAGAAAUUGGAAUUCAUUCAUCCUGACAGGGCACUCGCUACAGGAAAAGCGAUCGUAGCGGUUCGACAGCUGAACAAGGCACUCAAGACUCUCCCUAAUUUAAGUGCUCUUGAGCACGAGCCUAGUUUCUGGUACGACAAUUGGGCUCUUCGAUGGCGAGACCUGUACUUCCAUCCUUUCUCGAUACUCGGACAGACAGAUCAUGACGAGGACGAGGAUGUUGAAGCACUACAAAUAUCGGUCGUUCUUCAAUCCCUUGCGUGUUUCAGAGUCGGAGACAACCAUAGGCUAAAGAAAAUGAGUAUACAUGUCGGUGGGCCAGCAUUUGCUACGCCAAGGCGAUUGCGACACCUUUGGUCUGGCAUUGGCCAUGAGAUUACGCGCCUCUAUCGAGAACUACAUCCUGCCUCCUCUGCAGCAGCCGCGGAUGCAGACGCGGAUGCAGAAGUCAAUGAUAACUUUGAAACGCCUGCGGAGACAGAGCGUUAUGGCAGAGAAUUGUACCUUAUGCGGCUCGCAUUUGCGGACUUGACGCACCUAGAUUUCAGUAUGUCUGAAGACGAUGAGCGAGAGGGUUGCAUAGCAAUUGCUGCGAAACUCGCCUUCCUGUUCCUCUCGACCACCAAGAAUCUUCGGGAGCUCAUUCUAGCGAUCGGGAACCUUGUGUAUGGGGACCUAAUGCCAGUUUUCGGCGUUGACGAGAAACAGCGCGCGACAGGCUCCAUAUUAUUGCUCCAGCACAUUGCCCACCGCGCGCCUUGGCGCCACAUUCGUAACAUUCAACUUGAGAUCGCUACAGAUCGGACUACGCUGGUCACCUUCCUGCUUGCUCACAAGAACACACUGCGGUUGCUUACGCUUACACAAACGUCUCUAGUGCGAUUGGAAAACCCCCAGAAUACGUGGGAGUCCACCCUUACGGAAAUCGGGAAGGGUCUCUGCUUAGAGUCACUCACACUUGCAAAGCUCACCGACGUUCUUGUUGACUGGAGUCCAGGCAUUCAGCCGCGCAUGCUGUUUGAUAAAGAUGACAAACGAUGGCAGGACAGACUUAGCGAUUAUGAAACAUACUACCAUGAUUGCAUCCAUCGUAUACUUCGGGGAGAGGAAAUUUACACGCUCGAUCCACCACCCCACCUGUUACUUCAUUCACCACCAGCUUGA